UGUCCUGAUCUGUCUUCAGGUUCAGAGGUUCCUCCAGAAAGUUGAGAGAGGAAUACCCCUCUGGAGUUGGAUAGUACUGAGCAACCCUCUCAUCAGAACCUCUUCACCAGAAUAGAAGAUGAAGAUGAAGAGGAUGAUGAGAUUCAAUUCAGAAGAGAGGUGUACUCACUGGACAUACCAGACUACUUAGUUCCCGGAGCACCUGAACACAAUAACACAGAAGUCACUACCUAUUUCCAGAGGCUACUGGGAAGAAAAAGAAGAACAAUAAUACCAAGAAAACAGAGAAAUGUGGAGUGAUGCCAGCUGAGAUUGCAGUGGAGCCUGAGCUGGCUAAGUACUGGGCCCAGCGCUACCGGCUCUUCUCCUGGUUCGAUGAGGGCAUCAAAUUGGAACAAGUUGAGUCACAGAGCAAACAGAACACACACACACACACACUUCAGGAAACACAACCGAUUUCUUCAUACAAGCUCAAGCAGAAAGGGUUAGUGGUUGUUGUAACUUUAAUGUGUUUGAGUUCAUGUUUAAGUUUAUUCUUGGAACUGUAUCUAAAGAUAUUUCUUUAGAUUUAUUUGCAUAUGUAAUUGUAUUGGGUUAUGUUGAAUUACGCUUUUUGACUGAAAGUCCCAGAAUGCCUUGCGAGAGGAAUGAGUGAUAACGCGCCAAUUAUGGGCAGGUGUUUAGUGAUUGUAGCUGACUUUCCGACAGCAUCUUACCUGCAUUGCUCUGUACCAAAACAAUUGUUGUUAAAUGUAACGUGAACCAGUAUUCUUACUAAAAGAAGCUUUCGUAUCAAACCCGACGUCCCGAGUCAUUACUUUGAAGUUAGUUAAUCUAAAAUUUGGUGCCGAAACCCGGGAUAUGAGCUGCGAUGAAGAAGUGGCUGAAAUGGCUGAGGAGGAACAUCGGCAUGAAGCAGAAAGAACGAGACGAAAGCGGGGUACCAUUUGAGGCGCAACAACGCGGAUUUUGGAUCAGAUUGACAUGGAAAUAUCCCAGUCAAAUCCGGAUACCGAUCACUUGAGUACAUUGUUGGAAUUGUCAUCAGAGAAGGAGGACAGUUUGUUUGGUCGUGGAAUUGAACAGUAACGCCAUUGGACGGAUUCGAGGCAGAGAUUGCAUGCACGGAGGAUUACAAAGAACGCAUUAUCAUGCUGAAGAGCUGUGCACAAAGAGUGAUAACGAAGAAACAGGACGUCAAUCCACUACCAGCCCGGGUGAGUGACGCUAACUCAGUAAGGCUACCGAAGUUGAUUAUUGAGAAAUUCUAUGGAGAUGUCAGUAUGUGGCAGGAGUUUUGGAGCCAGUAUGAGACUGCUAUUCACAACAAUGAUUCACUGUGUAAAAAAGAGACGUUUAUCUAUCUGAAAACAUAUCUCACUGGACCAGCUGCAAAGGCAGUAGCAGGACUGAUGUUAACAGACAGUAACUAUGAUAAUGCAAUCACGCUACUCAAGAGCAGAUUUGGAAGGAAAGACCUUGUGAUUAGUGCUCAUAUGUCAAAGCUGCUGAAUCUCACACCUGUGAAGAAAUCCUCUGAUCUAAAUGCAUUGAGGCAGCUAUAUGAUGAAUGUGAAAUUCAGAUUAGGAGCUUGGAAUCACUGGGUGUAGUGUCAGAAACCUAUGGAAGUCUACUAUGCCCAAUCUUACUACAGAUGAUUCCAGAGGACAUAGCUCUUGACUAUAGUCGUCAGAGGGGAGAAGAUGAUGAAUGGAAAGUGUCUGAGAUUAUCAGUUUCCUACAGAAAGAGGUUCAGAGCAGGGAGAGAGCGCUACAAAUGACAAGAUCAUACAACCAACAGAAAGAGAGCAAACCAUGGAACAAGUCAUGCUUCUUCAAUGAAAUGAAAACAAAAAGACCCAACAUGCCCUCUGCUGCAGCACUGCAUACAGCCAGCCAGAAGGAACAACAAACGUGUCUAUUUUGUGACAGUGCAGACCACAAAUCAGAAAACUGCCCUGACUCCAAUAUUGCUACACGCAAAGCGAAACUAAAGAACAUGGGAAGAUGCUUUGUAUGUUUAGGACAGAGACACAUAGCACAAUUCUGUAAAGUCAAAGAUGUGUCAUGUGCAACAUGUGGAAGCAGACAUCACAUUGCGGUGUGUACCAGUAAGGGGAGUGAGGUGCAACCCCCUACUGUUUCUGUAGAUGCUGUUGUUUCCUCAGUUAUUCCCCAUUCAGUGAAGAUGAAACCAGAUGGACAGAACACUGUGUUGCUACAAACGGCAAAGGCAUGGAUAGAAGGCCCAUCGGGCAGGAAGAUAGCUCGUUGCUUACUAGAUGGAGGCAGUCAGAGAAGCUUCAUACAUGAAAACCUUGUGAAGGGCUUGAAGCUACCAGUAAUCAGACAAGAGGCACUCACUCUUCACAUGUUUGGCUCCUCUGCCCCAGCAACGUCCCAACGCAACACAGUGAAAGUCAUCUUGGAGAAUGUCUGGGACAAACAGCAGAGAAUAGAGAUAGAGGCAAUUGAAACCCCACAAGUGUGCACAGCUGUGAUGAAGGUUCCUGGUGAACGGAUUCAGCAUGAGCUCAGUAAAAGGGGACUGCAGCUCGCAGACUUUCCAGGAGAUGACAAUGAUCCUGAACUCUCUGUCCUGAUAGGAGCAGAUUACUACUGGCAGAUAGUAUCAGGCAGAGUGGAGCGACUGACGGAGACGCUAGUUGCUUUAGAGAGCACCUUUGGAUGGUCGGUGCAGGGACCCGUGUCCAUGUCAAGUGUCGCCGAGGCAACCUGCAUGUUCAUCCCACUUGAUGAAGACACACUAGUCUCCAAGCAACUGCACGCAUUCUGGGAGGUUGAGUCUCUGGGUAUUCUAAGCGAGAAAACACAGAACUCAGAGGAAAACGAGGCUCUACAAAGGUUUGAGGAAACAACCACCUUCAAAGAUGGGCGAUACCAUGUGGAGUUGCCAUGGAAACGAGAAAUGCCAGAACUCCAAGACAACUAUAGAAUCUCCAAGAAACGGUUUGAAGGUCUGAAGAAAAGACUGAAGAAGGAUGUGACGUUGUACAGCAGAUCCAAUGAAGUAGUAGAAGACUACUUACAACAAUAUAUGGCAGCGGACGUGCCCAAGGACAACGCAUCAAGUGCAGACAGAGUAAAAUACUACUUAUCUCACCAUGCAGUACUCCGAGAAGAUAAGGUGACGACAAAACUGAGAGUGGUGUUUGAUGCCUCGUCCCAUGAAGAUGGCUGUCCAUCUCUCAAUGACUGUCUACUCACAGGACCGAACCUGAAUCCGGAUCUGCUCAGCAUUCUGAUAAAGUUCAGACUACAUGAGAUCGCAUUCAUGGCAGACAUCAAGAAAGCUUUCCUGCAGAUAUCCCUAGCAGAGAGAGACAGAGACGCCGUGAGAUUUCUAUGGCUCACUGGCCCACCAAGGGGAGAAAAUGAAGAGGAGCUGCAUGUGCUGAGGAUGAAAAGAGUGGUUUUUGGAGCUUCCCCAAGUCCAUUUUUGCUGGCAGCUACAAUCAGGAAGCACCUGAAACAAUAAGAAACAGAACAACCAGAAGUUGUAGAGAUGCAAUGAAGUCAUCUACGUAGAGUGACUCUCUCAGUAAGUUCACGCAAUGUUGAAGAGGCUUACCUUGUGACAACAACUGCAAAGCGAAUGCUGUCGAUUGCAGGCAUGGACCUCUGCAAAUGGAUGACCAAUUCUCCUGAAUUGAAAACAAAAUGGGAGGAGAGUACGACAACUGACCACCCGUUGACGUUACAAACACAAGGAUUAGUGCUGAAGGUUUUAGGUUUCGUAUGGAGGCCGGAAACGGAUGACUUUGUGUUUGACCUCAGGCCGUUACUGAGCAUUCUGAGGCAAAAGGAAAACACAAAGAGAAGUGUCUGCAGUCGUCUGCACAUAUCUUCGACCCUCUUGGUUUAUUAACUCCCUUCACCUUCAGGAUCAAGUGCAUGUUCCAGGAAAUGUGGGAGAAGGAACUCAGCUGGGAUGAAGAAUUACCAUCUGAUCUGACACGAGAAUGGCAACAGUGGUGUUCAGAACUACCCCAGUUACACCAGCUCACCAUACCAAAGUGGUACAGAACAGACAUGCGGCCACAGAAUAACCACACCCUGAAACUACACGUGUUCUGUGAUGCAAGUGAAAGGGCUUACUGUGCAGUAGCUUACUUGCAAGGUGAGUCACAAGACACUGAAACAAGUCUAGUCGCAUCCAAGUCCAGGGUAGCCCCACUUAAGAAAAUGACGCUGCCACUCCUGGAGCUCAUGGGAGCUGUGAUUGGAGCGAGACUAGCAAACAACUUGAUGACCACACUGACAAUGGAAGAAAAACAGAUCAAAAUGUGGACAGACUCGAUGAUUGUGCUGCAUUGGAUUUGCAGCUCAGCUCAGAAAUGGAAACAGUUUCUUGCGAACAGAGUGACGGAGAUCCAGUCCUUGACCAAUCCAGAGUCAUGGUCACAUAUUGAAGGGAAAACUAAUCCAGCUGACCUACCUACAAGAGGACAAACUGUUCGAAACUUGACACAGAGCGAGCUAUGGUGAAAUGGACCCAGAAUUCUGACAUCACCCAAUCAGUCCGAAGAGACUGAUGAUAACAAGGUUCCGGAAGAGGUGAAUAUAGAACUCAAGUCCAGUUGCCAGGUUACUGUACAACUCGCAGCAAACAGCACAGACAGCACUGAACCUGUGUUGGAGCUUGAAAGGUACAGCACACUGAAAAGAGUGUUCAGAGUCACCGCCUGGAUAAAGAGAUUCAUAGCCAAUGCUCGUACAACCAUAAAGAUGCAAGGUGAACUGACUGCUGACGAACUGUUCGAUGCAGAAAAGUACUGGAUUAAGGUAAAACAACAACAAAGUUUCGGACAGGAGAUCAAACUACUGAAGGCAGGAAAAAGCCUAAACAAUGACUGUAAAAUCAGAGAACUGAAACCUUUCCUGGACGAACACGAACUGCUCAGUGUAGGAGGAAGGCUGCAACAGUCCAACUUCACAUUCAGAGAGCAGCACCCAUGGGUUCUGCCCAAUAAGUCCAGAUACUCAGAAAUGCUGAUACAGUACCACCAUGAGAAGGUGAUGCAUUCUGGAGCAAGAGACACUAGUACAAAUCAGAGAGCGAUACUGGAUCUUGAGUGCUAGGCAGCUAGUCAAGAGCACAGUGGCAAGAUGUAUAGUGUGCAAGAGGUUCAAGGCAAGGGCCGGACAGCAGGUCACUGCGCCUUUACCAAAACACAGAAUAACUGAAUCCCCACCAUUCGAAGUCACAGGUAUGGAUUUUGCAGGACCGCUCUAUGUGAAAGAAAAUGGUUCUGUGAAGAAGUCAUACAUUGCACUGUUCACUUGUGCUGUAACCAGAGCAGUGCAUUUGGAACUGGUCUCAGAUCAGCCAACAGAGACAUUCCUGUUAGCUCUAAAAAGAUUCAUCUCAAGGAGAGGAUUAUGCAAGGUAAUCUACUCAGACAAUGCAAAAACGUUCGAGAGCUGAUCAGGACUUGAAAGAGCUGUGAAAGGCAAUCGAAGAGCCCCAACUCUUGGCGUUCUUCUCAGAAAGGGGCAUCACCUGGAGGUUCAUCGCAGAGCGAGCAGCCUGGUGGGGCGGAUUCUGGGAAAGACUCGUCAGGUCAGUAAAAACAUGCCUGCGAAAGGUUCUUGGGAGAGCUUCACUUAAUUUUGAAGAGAUGUGCACAGUCCUGACAGAGGUUGAAGCUAUCUU